GAUUGAUAAAAAAUAUAUGGAGAAUAUUUUUCCAUUUUGCUGAAUCAGGAAGGGAAGUAGAAAAGAGGUAGAGGUCAGGAUCAGGCAGCGCGGCGCUCCUGCCGGCGGCGGGAGGCCGGCGCCAGUCGUGUGGCGACCGCCGCGAGAGCGACGCGCACCGACAGCGCCCGGCGCCCGCGCGCUCCUGUCUAACGUAACUUCAACUGUUUAUGGAUAACGUCCAUUCUUAUUUACAUACAAAAUGUAUUUACACCUAAUAGACAGUUAAUGUUAUUACUAGUUUUGGACCACAACUGUAAAGUUUUACUAUUUGUUUAGAUAUUUUAUUGACUGUAUAUUAUUAUGUCAAAGAUUUUAGUUUUCUGAUAAGUAGUGUGGGUUACGGAAUAACAAAAAUAGGAAGUGGACUAUGUUAUGAGCAUGAACUGUGUUAGAGAUCCUGAUUACUGCUCUUCUUGUUAAACGGUGAUGGCAUUCUGAAAAUAAUGAGUGCUGUUAGCAUCAAAACAUUGUGAGGCAAGGUUGCAGACGGACAUUAGCUGUGCGUGUGUGCGUGUUGUGUGUGCGUGUGUGCUGCGCGCCGGACAGCGCCGGUGUUGUGGAGGGGCUGCGGGCCGGUGUACCAGCCCGGCACGCAGGACCGCCUGCGCUCCAAGCUCAACAAGAUGGCGAUGGAGCUCUUGAAGGACGCGCAGAUGAAGACCACGGGCAUCCGCUUCUAUCGCGACCAGUACUACAAGAGCUUCGAGUACCAGAUAGCCGAGAUGGUGUUCCAAAUCCGCGAGAAGUUCAGGAAGAUCGUCAUCCUAUACCAGCUCACCACCAAGAACAUCUCGCAGGGACGCCUGUACCACGGCGAGAACCUUCAUACUUUGACGAGAAUACAACAGAAGGGCACGGAGAUUGAUAACUUAAUAUUGAUGGUCGAAGAAAUGCUUAUUAGGAAAGAAAAGAAAACAGACAUUCACAAGCGAAUGAGGGCAGUGAUCCGUCAGGGGGACGCCUGGAGCGACACGAGGCUGCGCGCGGAGUACGUGCGCGCGAGCGAGACGCGCCGGCCCAGCGACUACUACACGCGGCGCCCGCGCAACGCCACCAGCGCCACCUCGCCGCGCCGCCGGAACCACAAGUGGGAGUACAUCCCGCCCAACGACCAGUUCUGACACCACAGCGGCAUCACCUCCACUCUUUAUAUAUAUGUGUCGCGUCUAGACUCGGCGUGAAAUGAUUGUGAAUUUGAUUUGCUUAUUGUCUUGACUUUUAUUGUUUAAUAAAUGUAAACAAAUAAACGGCUGCCAGUAAACUUACAUUCGCAAACAUUUUCAUGUUUAUGAUAUUAAACGGGCGGCCAAACAAUGGUGACGUCACAGGCCGGUAUAAUUGUAAAUGUUCACAAACACUGAGCUUACAGUGUUUGCAAAGUAAUCAGAGAGUUUUGAAUUGCUCGCGUGUGCGUGUGUGCGCACGUACUGGCGACUACAGCGUGUGAACAGUAUUUAAUGUAUCUUUUCAUAACUCAGUUACCAUAAUAGAUGUGUAAUAUUGUACUAAUCUAUUUCUUGAGAGGCCGAGUAUUUCAUGCAUGCAGGUAUGAUCCACAAUUUACUACAAGACAUACUAAAAAUACCAUUUAAUGCAAUCGCGUGCCGUGCAAUAUAAAUUAUAAGUCUAUGGCCAUUACAAUAACGUCAAACUAUAAAUCAAAGAGAAAGAGACCGCUGCUAAUGCUGGGCUCGGCUCGGGUUGCGCAACCUCGGGGACACUACAAAACCAACAAGAAGAUUACUCCAUACAUAAAACCAUAAAAUAUGAACUUAAUAUGUUUACGUUCAUAAUACUGAGCAUUAUCCUCAAGCUCGGGAGCACGUCGACGAAAAUGUUUGGAUGUCAUGUUUUGUGACUGUUUCCGUGUGUCCGAGACGUGGCGGAUAUUUCGUUCGGAUCGUGUCUUUGAUAUUCGGAUAUUAUAUUAGAACAGCCAGUAGCUGACGCUAAGGAAUACUGUGUUUUAGUUAGUUUUAUUUAAUAACAAUACUCUACAAGGCAGUCUUUGUAAAGUCGUUGCAUUUUUAGUAGACAGAUAGAUAUUAACCGUCGGUAUUAAUGUUAUUGAUAGUUACAAACACGCCGUUAAUCUGUUUGUAGAACCUCACAGUUCCAUCCCCAAUUAGGACAAACGUUAUAAAUGCAAAUAAAACUAUUAAAUUCCUUACUGAAAGAGUCGCUUAUAAAAAAGGAAAUGGCUGGCAGCACCACAGGUAUAUAAUAAACUAGCUGUUGCCCGCGAC